AUGGAAGAAGAAUUGUCGGAUCCAUUUGCAACUAUAUAUCUUUAUUCUGGUCGUCCAAACCCAGUUUGGUCACUAUCUUUUGAACAAUGGGGAGAUUUAAAUCAAAUAAUUCAAAGACUACCAAAUUCAGGUGAAGAAAAAGAAGGUCCUUAUCAAUUUAGUGGUGGCUUGGGUUAUUCUGGGUUCCAUGCACAUUUUUCAAUCAUUUCAAGUUAUCCUGAUGUUUAUUAUGUGGCUGCUGGACAACAAACAGUUUUAUCUAAUCCUGGUGGGCAUCUAAUUUUUAAUGAUAAAGACAAAGUCGUUGAGAAAUGGUUUAUAGAUAGUGCAGAAAAGCAUGGCAUUCAAUUAUCAUUAGGAGCCUAA